AUGUCCGCCCUGAAGGGCUUGUUUAAGAAACCCGACCCCCGCGCCCAGCUUCGCACCUCCCAGAGGGAGGUCACCCACAAUGUGCGGGACAUCGAGAGGGAGGUCCUGGCUCUGAGACGGGAGGAGGCCAAGACUCUCAAGGACAUCAAGGCUGCGGCCCGAAGCGGCAACAUGGCGGGCGCCAAGAUUUUGGCACAGCAGCUCGUCCGCCUGAGGGGCCAUAUGGCCAAGAUGCAGACCCAGGCCGCCAACCUGCGUGGUGUCAACAUCUCCAUGGCGACGGCCGCCACCACGGGCACUGUGGGCGCCAGUCUGGCAUCUGCCGGCAAGGCGAUGGCGGCGGUGGGCGCCGCCGCCGACCUCCCCGGCGCCCAGAAGGCGGCCCAGCAGUUUGCGCGCGAGUCCUUCGCCAUGGACAUGGCUGCCGACGUGAUGGACUCAGCCCUGGAGACAGAUGACCUGGAGGAGGAGACGGACGACGUGGUCAACCAGGUGCUGGACGAGAUCGGUGUGGACCUGUCCGCCGCCAUGGCGCCGGCCGGCAAGGCGAGGGUAGCUAGCGACGCAAAGGCCACGACGAGCACCCCUGGCCAGGAGGAGGACGACAUCCUGGCGCGCCUGACGGCUCUGAAGUGA